GCUUGCGGGGCUGCGUGACCGGCGGCGGAUCACGUGAUGCGACGCCAGCGCCGGGCCUCCCAAGAUGGCGGUGUGCAUCGCGGUGAUCGCCAAGGAGAAUUACCCCCUCUACAUUCGCAGCACCCCCACGGAGAACGAGCUGAAGUUCCACUACAUGGUGCACACAUCUCUGGACGUGGUGGAUGAGAAGAUCUCUGCAAUGGGGAAGGCCCUGGUCGACCAGAGGGAGCUGUACCUGGGCCUGCUCUACCCCACGGAGGACUACAAGGUGUACGGCUACGUCACCAAUUCCAAGGUGAAGUUUGUCAUGGUGGUGGAUUCCUCCAACACAGCCCUUCGAGACAACGAAAUUCGCAGCAUGUUCCGGAAGCUACACAACUCCUACACAGACGUGAUGUGCAACCCCUUCUACAACCCGGGGGACCGCAUCCAGUCCAGCAGGGCCUUUGAUAACAUGGUGACGUCCAUGAUGAUACAGGUGUGCUGAAUGAGCUGUGCUGCCGGCCAUCGCAGAGGAUCCCACGCGUGACCGUGGUGGCCGUCAGUCUGUUCUCGUCGCCUCUUCCUGAGUGGGACGCCCGGGGCUUUCAGGGCAGGCAGCUGUGCAUGUUCUCAACUAAAGGUCUUGUGAGAUGAGAUUUGGCUUUUUCCUUCCGUGUCAGCCAAGGAAGGUUAACUAAGUUAACCUUCUUAGUUAACUAGUUAACUAAGAAGAAUUCAACUAAGGACUUUCAGGGGUGUGGGCAGAGGUUUGGGAUUAGAUGGUGCAGGAAGCCUGUCCCCAGUUGUCCCGAACGGGCAGAGGCAGGGGCGCCUAGAGCCAAGAGUUCCUGAGCCUACAGGACCUGUGACCAUGUGGGUCGCCCAUUGGCUGAACAGGUGGACUGGUCUGGAGGGGGCGGCCUCCUGAGCCCAGAGCCAGCCUAGGAUCUAGGGGCAAAAGGGGAGCCAGCGUGCCUUCCCACAGGGGAGGGCCCUCCUCUUUCUGGACUUGGCCUCCAUUCUUUGCAUCUGGCCCAACGACUAGACUCAGCCUGGCCUGAAAAGAACGCUUGUGAAACCUGGGAAGCCUCGUGGCCCCGUGGCGUUGGCUCAGCUGCAGCCGUCAUCCUAAGCCCUGGAGCGCAGACUUGAGGCGCCCCUUCCUGCCUGUUUGUGCUGAGGGGGUUCGGUGCCGUGUCGCUUGAUGACAUGACUGACUACCACCCAGGGCAGCGGCCAAGCCGCUGUGUCAGUGCCGCCGGCAACCUUGGGGUCCAGCAGUCGAGGCUCAGCCAGCUGAGGAGACCCCCCCGCAGAGCUGGUUCCAGCACUGGUCCAGGACUGGAGCGUUUCUCAAGGACCUUGAAGACCCCAGGAGCCCCUGCAGCAGGAAAGGCUGUAAGGGGGUCAGCCUGGGGCAGACACAGGGAGGGGAACUUUCUCGAUACAUAUUUGCCUUUUCAUCCCAUCCAGCAAGCACAGUGUUAAUUUUAUAAAUUAUAGAAGAAGAAAUCAGCAAGGAGUGUGUGUGAAAACCGCACGUCCCAGGCUUCCCUCGCCCAGGGUGAAUUGGAAGUCCUGGUGUGGGCCGAGGCACACCGGGCAGCUGGUCUGAGUGCAUGUGGGCCACAGGCCACCCUCACACGGUUAAAUCUUUAACAAGAGCCUCAUGUUUGUUAGAAAGUGGGACCCCAGCCCAAGCACCUAGCACCUCCCCACUGCAGCCCAGUGUGAAAUCUUUGCCUUUUAGUGGGAAUCGCUCCUGCCUGAGUCCUGGCUGUGGUGGGGACUCUGCAAGUUGCUAACCCAGCAUCCAUUCUCCUUCCUCCCUACUAACAGAACUCUGGUGCCUCUGCACAGCUCUGACAGUGGGCAGAUGAGAACCAUGUCCUGGCCUCCCUCGCAGCCUGGGGUAUGCAGCUGUGGCAUGGAGGUGGUGGUGCUAGGACAGACUUGCAGGGAAGCUCCUGUGAAGGGGGCUCAGCUGCCACGUGCAGGGCCCUUCCCCUUUGCCUUCUUCCUGCCUGGAACAUGGAUGUGAUGGCUGGUGCUGGGACAGCUGUCCUGAGAGCAUGAGGAAAGAGUCACACCCUGAGGACAGUGGAGCUGAUGCACAACGCAGGAGGGAGGACCCUGUGCCUUUGCUGACACAGAACGCUUGAAGGACCCUAGGCCUUUGCUGACGUACCAGCCCCGGACUGCUUAAGUUCAGCUUUUUUUAAAUGUGAGAAAAUAAACGCACCCCUCUCUGGUUUAAA